UCCGGCGCUAUCUGUUGCUCUGGGUUUGACUGUGUGGGUCUGUUGAAGGCUGACUAAUAGAUCCGGACUCUGACUCUCUCUCUCUCUCUCUCUCACGUGGCCGCGGCGGUGAGUGUCUGAUGUUCCAGUAAGCCGGUGUGUGUGUGUGUGAAAUUAAAUUAAAGUGUAAUUAAAAAGUUUAGUUCGUGCGCUGAUUGCGUCAUCAGUUGUGUGUCGGGUGUGAGUGAGUGCACUUCCGGUCAGUCCCUCCAGAGUGAGCGCUGCGGGUCACAGUGUGUGUAAGACAUGGCGGAAGUGACGUCCUGUAAGCGGAAGCGAGGCCCCUCUGCGUGCUUGUGUAGUGUGGCGUGUAAGAAGUUGAAGAUGAAUGGUGAACUCCUACAGGAUGAGGACACGCCCCGUCUCUCUCGUCCUGAUGAUCAGCUCUGUGAAAAGAUCAGCCUGAGGGAUGUGUCUGAGUUACUGCAGUACAUCACACUGAGGAAACACCACGAUGUGAAGAAACCCAGUUGGUGUCGUCUCCAUCAGGAGGACAGGGUGGAGAAGGUGCAUGUGGCUGUCCUUGAGGGCGUGGCCCAGCUCCACUUCUACACCCAUUACUCUCAGUUCAGACACCUCUGCUCCAAGUACACUACUAGAUGUACCCUAGCGCCCUCCUCAGGCAACCUCCUGUCUGAGCUGUUUGACUCUGAGCUCUCGGCUCCUGACGGCUCGGCUGUGUCUGGAUCAGAGCACCAUGCGGCGCCCCCUACAGCUGGUGUGGGUUGGCACCCAGUGGUGCAGCGUUAUGGUGUGAGGAGGAAAGGGCUGAGCAGCUACCUGCUGACUGAGCAGGAGAGGAUGAAGAAGAAAUUCCCUGUGAAAGGUGGGCGGGGCUUUGAGUCGUUUGUCUGCACGCAGGCUGAUGAUCAUGUGACUGACAGCAGCCCUCUGUAUGGUGUGGACUGUGAGAUGUGUGUCACACAGGAAGGUCCAGAGCUGACACGUGUUGCCGUGGUGACCAGCAGUGGGCAGUGUGUAUUAGACGAGCUGGUGAAACCUUUUAACAGAAUUAUCAACUACUGCACCAGGUUCUCAGGAAUCACUGGCUCCAUGCUGAAGAACGUAACAACACGACUUCGUGAUGUCCAGAAGAAACUUGUGGCUCUGUUGCCACAGAACGCAGUGCUGGUUGGCCACUCCCUCGACCACGACCUGCACGCCCUCAGAUUGAUCCACCCGCAUGUGAUUGACACGUCACUGCUCUACUGCAAAGAGUUUGGACAGAAAUUCAAGCUGAAGCAGUUAGCCCAGGUCAUUCUGAAGAGGGAGAUUCAGAGUGAACAGAGGAGAGGUCAUGACCCCUGUGAGGAUGCUCGGGCUGCUCUGGACCUCGCUCACUAUUUCAUCACCAAGGGACCGAGACAGGUUGUUGAAUGUCAUCUUCAGGAUCUUUGGGGAGUCGAAUCUGUUCCUGUAAAUGGAGCUCUGAAUGGACCAGUAAAAACACACCCCACAAGUUCGCUUGUGUUUGGACACGCCCUUCGCAAGGCGGGGCUACCAGCUCUAUUUCUUGGCCAAUCAGAUGUGCUUAAUAGCGUCUCUUCCAAUCAGCUGUGGCACAGACCGUACUGUAACUCUGAUAAGGAGUGUGUGUGUGUGUUUCAGCGAGUGUAUCAGUCGUAUACUCUCAGUUUGAUCAAGCUCUCGUCACUCUCAGAAGAUCUCAGGAAAAAUCCAGCAGCAGAAACACACAUGCUGCAGCAGAUGGCACUCAGAUUAAAACUGAUGUGUGUGGUGUUUGUGGGACCAUUGCCAAACACGUACACGGAGAAGAACGUCCGCACACUGCUGAAGCCCUACGGCACUCUGUGCUCAGUCAGACUACUGCACAGUACACACUCGCUGCAUGCUGUAGUUGGGUUUCAGCAUUUAGAAGGAGCUCAGCUCGCUCUUCAGUCCCUCACUAAUCUCCAAGUGAAUGACACCAUGGUAAAGCUGCAACGUCCAGUAAGCGAGCUGACUCUGGAUCUGGAAGCAUCUCUUGCCGAACUACAGAAUGACAUCCAUAACCGUCACAUGAUCUAUGUUAGCGGGUUGUCACGGCAACACCAUAAUCAUGGCGACCUCCAGAAAGCUUUCAGUGCAUUCGGUCCUAUUUCUGACAUCACACCUGCCAAGGGUUCUGGGAAACGUCAGCGGCACGCACGCAUCAAGUUUGUCAACCCAGACAGUGUACACACUGCCCUUGACUCUGUGGUGCAGCUGGGAAACAGGAAGUUAAAUGUGUGUCGCGCUCUCACACCCCCACACAUGCACUCGUGGAGACACACGAACCCUGUUACCGUGGAAACAAACGGAGAGGCAGCAGGCAUGGAGGAGCGGACAAUAAAUGAGGAGGCGGGGCCUGCAGGACUCACCUGUGCACAGGAUGGAGGGAUGCAGCGUGUGAUGCGAGCGUUGGACAGGAAGGUGGGGAAAAUGUUCAGGGCGCUGGAGAGAUACACACUCAGCAUCGUCAUCCUCCCUGGGAGUAUACGCGACAACACGGAAUAUCCCGGCCUCUGUUUCAUUCAGGUGAAGCAGGUCUAGGUCAACGGUCGCCAAACCUCACCUCAGGGUCGCCAUGGCAACCAGAGAGACUUCAGCACACACACUGGACUUCACUGUUUAUUCUCUGUGUUUUAUUACAGACAGGAAGUUAGUCAUGUUUACUUCCAACACAUUUAUAAUUAGUCCAGUACUGAACUCGGUUUUCCUGAAGUUAAAGUGCAAAUGUGUUGAAUCGCUCCUGUCAGAAACCAAACUACGGUUUACUGUAUAAAUACCACAACCUGCAAA